CUGCAGCGAAUGGCGCGCAAUUCAAGACGGAAUCAAGAAACGCGGGUGGUGGUACAUCCGCCAGCAACACCGGAACAUCUCCGACCAGCGCCGUUGGAUCCGGCUGCUAGAGGCCAAGUGGCCAGUCACCCGUACGACUGCAUGACUAUCACCUGCCUAUGUCCAUUUUUCUUGGGUUCGAUAAAUCCGCAAGGAGAGUGUGUAUUGCCGAACGGUCAAACACUUAUGAUGGCAUAUCGUAAGGAAUACCGAAUGCUCACGGAAGACGAGCGCCUUCGAUAUCACAAUGCAGUCACAAUGCUCAAACCAAUUCUCCUCUCUAAUAUGCCGAUUGUUCUAAAAUAUACCAGUUUCCAGGUCGGUCAGGGCAGUGGUGCGCAUUCAGGGCCCGGGUUUCUUCCAUGGCAUAGAGAAUUCACAAAACGAUUCGAGAUAGCCAUUCGCUUGAUUGAUCCAUCGGUAGCCGUUCCAUAUUGGGAUUCCGUAAUGGACAGCUAUUUGCCGGAUCCAAGAGAUUCUAUUUUUUUCAGCCCUUACUUCAUGGGUGAAACAGAUAGUUUCGGCAACGUGGUGACCGGCCCAUAUGCUUACUGGAGUACAAUUGAUGGACGAACUGCUAUUAUCAGGGCCUUAGCAGAAAAAGGAAAAUUGUUUACGGAAGGCGACAUCGGCGACAUCCUGUCACAAGUUCAAAUCGAACAAAUUUUGGCUUAUACAGCACCACUGAAUGGCUGCCCAUAUCCACCAACAUUUACUGCUAUCGAAUACACUCACUCAUUUGUGCACCUUUGGGUAGGCGGUCAUAUGGAGCCACCAGAAAUGGCAUCCAAUGAUCCAAUUUUCUAUUCCCAUCAUUCAUUUGUCGAUUUCGUUUGGGAACUUUGGAGACAAAGCCGACAAUCCCGCUGGGCCCGAGAAACGGUCUACUAUGCGGUCAUGCGGCCAUUUAACUUGAUCAAUCGCGAUGGUUUAUCAAAUUUGUACACAGAUCAGAUGUACCGAUUUGCACCACGGCCCGGCUGCACCGCUGAAUUGCCCAACUGUGGCUCACCGUACUUGUUUUGUGAUGCACGGGGUUGGGGUGGAGCUCAUUGCGUUUCCAAAAUCAAACUGGGCGGUGUUUGCAGUGGCUUCGAAGGUCUUGAUGCUUGCUUCGGUGGUAUAUGCGUCAUGGGCAGAUGUUUACUGGGGCCUACACCUGCUCCAUUUAUGCCGCAAAUGCAAAUGCCAGUACCACAGCGCGUCGAAAUUGCCCGACAACAGGCAGCGCGGCAUUUCGUCGAUUGCUUCAAUCGCAAUCCGUGCUGUGAGCAAUGGUCCAGAGACGAUGAAUGCCGUAAAAACAGAAGCUACAUGAAGAAGUACUGCAUGGCUGCCUGCGGUAUCUGUCGGCCAGCUUACAACGUUUCUAAUGGUAUCGCAUUUCUUCGGCACAAAAUUUGA